GUCAUUUGUGCAGGUGGCAGCUGCGUCGCAGCUGAAGCGUUCGAGUGGCGUCGUAGAUCGUGUCUGAUCGUGUCAAUGGCGGAGAAAAGCAGCGAGACGCAGUGCAAUGGCUACCCGCCGUCUGGAUGAAUAGCUCGGAGUGUUCCGACAGAGGCAAGCUCGCGCCGGACGCGACGACCAAGGACGACAAGUGCAAACACCAGCCAGACAUCGCAGCGAUGAGCGUCAUCAGGCGAGUCAUGGUGAGCCGAAAGCCGCGGCCGGUCACCGCCCCGGAGCGCAAGCUGUGCAACUACAUGCACCGCGUGUGCCUCCAAGCGAGAGUCGAGGGCUACGAGUACUGCAUGCGGCACGUUCUGGAGGACAAGGGCGCUCCUUUUCGACAGUGCGCCUACACGCACGCUCAAAGCGGGCGCCGGUGCGCCUACGCGGCGCCGAAAACCGACAAGCGCGAGUCGCUGUGCCAGUUUCACGCGCGAAAAGCUCUCCAGCACCGUCGCUCGUCCGGCAAGAAGCAGCACCUCGUCGAAACGCCCCAGAAGGUGAUCGAGACGUUGGAGCACUACUGCCGGGACCCGCAGCACUCCGUGGACCAGUCUGACACCGCGAGGAACACGGUGAAGUUUUACGACGUCGAGAGCGACGAGGAGCCUCCCACGAUCGGCGAGUUUCCAGCGUGCGCGCCGGGAGACAGCGAUGCCGACAGUCUCGACGACGACUUGGACGAUCCGCUCCGGCACGCCGGCGUGUACACCGUCGAGGAAGCCUCCUCGAUCACGCGUGAUAAGCUUGUGCGACUGCAGAGGUUGUACUUGAACCAGUUUAGGAGACUGACGGACGUUCUGAUGGACAAGCGUGCUCAGUACCUCCGUAACAAGGGGCCGUCGGGCUCCAAGGACUUCACUUCGCCCCAGGAGGAGGCGGUGUACAAGCGUUACCGUGCCUAUUGCCGAUACCACCGCACCUACGGUGCCGAAGCCGUUCUGAAAGAGAGGCUGAAGCAGAAGCAGAAGAGCGGGCGCACUGGCCAACCCGCGAUUGAGGAGGGUGUGACUUGCAGCCAGGCAGGGUGUAGCAGUACGGCCAUUCCGUUGUCAAGGUUCUGUCGCUCGCACAUACUUAACGACCGCAAACAACAGCUGUUCGAGCGCUGCGAUGGUGACAGCAACAAUGGCCAAGCUUGCAGCACUGUUUUGUUGAAAGUCCGUGGACCGCGAGACGUCUGCCUGGUACAUGCCGCGCCCAAUCCUUUGUUAGACUUCAGUGUUCCAGAAAUCAAAAGCAGCACUGAGAAUGUACACGUCGAUGUUGAGAGCACCAUUGAUAUGGACAUUCCGGAAAUCGAGCCCUUCCAGUCCAUGGACGACAUCGCUGCCCUUGGCUUGGAUGUGGUGCAGCCUGGUUGCCUGUUUGGCCUAAACCAGUUUGGGGACCCUGGUGAAUCGACUGACUCGGCCCUGUCAGAUGAUGGGGGUACCAGCAGCAUCAUAGGUUUGGAAGCACCGUCGGACAUUUUAGACGACGUUGAUGUCGUCAAAUGACAACCAGCUGAAUACCAUUGUGACCUGCAUUUUCAAGACCCUUCACAGACAAAACUGAAUCUGUUGACUGACUAGUCCAGUUGUGUUGUGAGAACAGCAUUAAAUUAAAAUGUUGGCCGAGUUGAUCAUAUAGUUAUUGCAAUCAAUUUAUUUUACUUUAUACAGCUGCACACAAGAUUCUCAACAAAUGACUAUGACAUAAGCACUACAGCACAGCUUGAGAAGGUAAUAAAGCAGUUCAGCUUUACAUAAA